CUGAAGGUCACCUGCCUGGUACGCUGGCUCCUGGCUCUGAAAACAAUCGCUGUCUCCCCAUAUUUGUUCGUUCUGCAUCUCUAAAUCUGUGUUUGUUGUUCAGAGUUCGUAGAUUGUUAUGUAUGUGAUCGAUUCACUUGUUUUUCUGAGUCUUUGUUGCAAGAGGGAUCCGCGGUAGCAUCCACCUAGUCCGCCAUCUUGGCCCCGCCUCCUUGUUUAUCUUUUUUGGGAUGUGUUGUGUUUCCUGAAUCUAAGGAUUCAUGCUUUUCAAGUUUUGGAAAAUUUAUUGCUGUUCUCUCUCUUUGAAUAUUGCUUCUCCAUUUCUCCUUCGGCCUUCCAAUUACAUAGAUGUAUGUUAAAUCUUCUGAGUCUGUAAACCAAAAGCAAAGAAUUUUCCUGAAUACAGCCAAAUGCUUCGAAGGCCAAAGUAGCAGGGAUGGGAGUCGGGGGACCAUGAUUUCAGGGUACAUCUAGGUCAACUGGCAUAAUGAAAUGUAUUAAGAAAAUGUUCUGCAUCCCCCUUUGGUGAGAGCCAUCUGGGGUCUUCAACACUAGCAAGCAGCCAUCUGAGAUACAUCAGCUGGUCUCAACCCACCUGGAGCAAAGGAGAAUGAAGAACACCAAAGACAUAUGGUAAAGAUGAGCCAACGAGACACAAAGGGCCACAUAAACCAGAGACUCCAUCAGCCUGAGACCAGAAGAACUAGAUGGUGCCUGGCUACCACCGAUCACUGCACUGACAGAGAACACAACAGAGAACCCCUGAGAGAGCAGGAGAGCAGGGGGAUGCAGGUCUCAAAUUCUUGUAAAAAGACCAGGCUUAAUGGCCUGACUGAGACUGGAGGGACCCUGAUGGUCAUGGUACCCAGACCCCUUUGUUAGCCCAAGACAGGAGCCAUUCCUGAAGCCAACUCUUCAGACAGGGAUUGGAUUGGACUAUAGGAUAGAUAAUGAUACUGGUGAGGAGUGAGCUUCUUGGCUCAGGUUGACACUUGAGUCUAUGUGGGCAACUCCUGUCUGCUGGUGAGAUGAGAAGGAAGAGGGGGACAGGAGCUGUUGACAUGGGGAAUACAAGGUGGAGGGGGGAGUGUGGUGUCACAUUAGGGGGAGAGCAGCUGGGAGUGCACCGCGGGGUGGGUAUGGCUUUUUGUAUGAGAGACUGACUGGAUUUGUAAACUUUCACCUAAAGCACACACACACACACAAAACUUCCAAGUCUAUCUUCCAUGUCCUUUAGCUCUCUGUCACAAUUCAGUUGUGUAUUCUAGUCCACUGCUUUCUUUGUGUCUUACUCUAUUUAACCUUCCUUUUGGAAUUUUCAUUUCAGCAAGUAUAGUUUUCGUUUUUAGAAGUUCAGUGUCUCCCCAGUAGCUUCCUGUUUUAAGUUCAUCUUUGUCGUUGUGCCUUCUGUUUCUUUAAAAAGUUCAUACGAUAGCUGCUUAUUUUCUGUAUCUGACAGUUCCCAACAUCUGCAACUCAAGUCUGUUGUUUCUUGUUCUUGCUGACUCUCAGAAGGGGUUGUCUUGGGUGUUUGGUAAUCUUGGUUUUGAGCUCAUUGCGUGACUUGAACCUGUGAGAGUUCUGCAGGCUUAAUUUGGAGACAUUUUCGUUCAGAGGCUUUUCCUUCUGCUGGUACCCAGGGUUGCCCCAACCACGGCCUCUUCAGCUCUGCCGAGGAUCCUGGCUGAAAGGAGAGCACUACGCUUAGCUUCCCCACCUACUGCUGCUCCAAGGUAAUAGCCUUAGUCAGUACUGCCACCUUACUUCUCUCUCUUACUUGCCUUUCCAGUUUGGCUCCCUGCCACUGUAAGCCGUCCUACUAUUCUAGACCCACGGCACCAGCCCUGGCUCCCACCUCUGUGGCCAAGGCUUCCAGCCACCCCACCUUGGCCCCAGCUCCUGGCCACUCCUGACAACAGAUCUUUUGGGUUUGUUUUUUUGAAGGACUUGUCCCUAGAAACCCCUCCUACCUAUGCCUCAAUGUGUGUGUGAACAGAGUGUCUGUUGUAUGACAGCUGCAGAAGAGUUCCUAAAAACUCAGUCACCGGACAGCAGAAUUGGGGCGGGGGUCGAUGAGGGGCAAAUGAUGCUAACCAGGAAACGUCAGGAGCAGAGAAGGGAAGUACAGAGAACAUCGAGAUUGGAAUGCAUGCUGUUCCAAGCCAGAGAGACCACUGUCUGGUCAGUGUCUCCUGUGCUGACCUCUGACAUCUGGGGAGUGGUAUCAGGACAGACCGAGCUGCAUCCUUUCUUUGAACAGAUGGUGACAGAAAUCGACCCCACUGUGAAGCGGAUGGAAUCCCAGCGCUCUUCCAGGGCCUUAAGUUCCCGUUCUCGGUCUAUGGAGAUGCUGUUAAACAGACUGAGAGCCAUCAAAUCCAAGGAGGAGGAGGACAAGCUUGCCAGCAUCCUGGACGCAGUGGGGGAGUUUGGACCAUUCCAGAGAAGGCUGGUGGCCCUCACCUUCAUCCCCAACAUCCUGGCAGCCUUCUUCAUGUUUGCUGACUCCCUAGUGUUCACAGCCCAGAAGGCCUAUUGCAACACCAGCUGGAUCCUAGCAAUGUACCCCAACUUGUCAGAGGCUGAGCAGAUGAAUCUGACCCUGCCCCGAGAAUCCAACGGCAGCUUCCUGACAUGUCUCAUGUACUCACCUGUGGACUGGAAUCUGGAUUCCAUCAUCCAAUUUGGCCUCAACCGCACAGAGAUGUGCCAGGAUGGGUGGAUCUAUCCCGAGUCCAAGAAGCGAAUGCUGACAGAUGAGUUCGACCUGGUGUGUGGCAAAGAGUUCAACUGGGAACUGGCGAUGACCGUGUACAUGGCGGGCUUCCUGAUAGGAUCGGUCACCUUCGGGUUCUUGUGUGACAGGCUGGGCCGCUACCCCACCAUCCUAGUGUCGCUGCUGGGGCUAACCAUCUUCGGCUUCGGGACGGCCUUCGUCAACAGCAUGGAGAGCUACCUGUUCUUCCGCUUCAGUGUCGCUCAGGCCGUGGCGGGCUACGGUAUCGGCAGCAUGUCUUUAGUCACUGAGUGGCUAGUGGGCGUGCACCGGGCCCGGGCCAUCAUCGUCUCACACUGCUAUUUCACCGCUGGGAUCCUGAUACUGUCCGGCCUUGCCUACAGCAUCCCCCACUGGCGGCUGCUGUUUCUGGUGGGUGGGGCACCCGUGUUCUGUGUCAUCCCCUACAUCUGGGUUCUCCCGGAGUCCCCACGAUGGCUGAUGCUGAGAGGGAAGGUGGAGGAGGCCAAGCAGAUUCUGUGCCGUGCAGCUUCCGUGAAUAAGAAGGUCAUUCCUUUAAAUCUGCUGACCCAGAUGCACCUGUCCGGAAAGAAGCCAGUUAAGACCUCUGUCCUGGACUUCUAUAGCAAUAGGUACCUCCGCAAGGUGACCUUGGUCAUGGGCUGCCUGUGGUUUACCAUCAGUUACACCUACUUGACACUGAGCCUCAAGGUGAAGGAUUUUGGUGUGAACCCCUACACCCGGCAGGUGAUCCCCAGCCUCAUGGAGGUGCCUGCCCGGUUGUGCUGUGUCUUGCUCCUGGAGCACCUUGGGAGGAAGUGGACCCUGGCUCUGACCCUCCUCCAAGCCUCCCUUGUAUGCUUGCUUGUCCUUCUCCUUCCCCAAGGGGAGGAUGGGCCCAGACUCAGGUGGCCAUGUUGGCUGGCCACAGAGUUGAAAUUCACGGUGGUCUUGGUGAUCCUGCUGGGAGAGUUCAGCCUGGCCGGCUCAGUCACCCUGCUCUUCAUCUACACUGCCGAGCUCCUCCCCACUGUUCUCAGGGCGACAGGUCUGGGGCUGGUGUCUCUGGCCUUUGCGGCUGGAGCCAUCUCGUCCCUGACGAUCUUGCGCAUCAGCCAGAGCCCCUCCAUCCUGCCCACCUGUCUGUCCUGUGCCUCAGCUGUCCUGGCCUUGUAUCUCUGCUCCCUGCUGCCGGAAACACAAGACCUGCCCCUCGCUGACACUAUAGAGCACAUAUCCUCACAGUUAAGGUGCGUGUGCAAGGCCCUGGCUCCAGCCAGCAUGGAGCCUGCUCCCCAAGCCCUUGUCUCUGAGCGUAUGUCAGACACCAUCCACUGCUGCUGCUUUGUCAGAGGCCCAGCAACAUGAGGGCCGGCCCGCGGCUACAGAAGCCUCCUAGUUCUCCUGGAUGUCUGCCUGCUUCCUAGGCUCCAGCCCACCCUCUUGCAGCUCCCUCUCUGCCUGGCUCUCCUGAUCCAGCCUGGCCAGGUCCCCUCUGUUCCCUCCUCCCGACCAAGAGGCAGCUGCCUGCCUGUCUGGGCUGGGCACUGCCCUUGGAGAUACCUGCAGGGGUGCUCCAUGGUGGCCUGACCUCCCUCCCUUCCCAGAGCACAGGGGACCAGCGUGGAACCAGCUCUCUGAGUAGCUCUCCUUUCCUGUCUGACGCCUAGUCCUCUUACUGACCCAGGUUCAUUCACAACUCUGGCCUUGGCUCCAGUAGCUACAUUUGGGAACCGAAUUCCACCCAGGCCCUCUGUGGGCACUGCUGGCCUCUGGAGGGGAGUUGUCAUGCUUGGUAGAACCACCCCUCUUGGGAUUUGGGCCAACAGAGCCCGUGACACUUGCCCAGACCUCAGAGAACCUGAGGACCAGUGAGGCACAGAGGUUGCCUGAGGUCCCGCAGUGCCCUCUGCUCUGUACCAGAGCACGCUGCCUCUGACCUCUCACCAUUCUUCUCCUCCCUCCCUCCCUGCCCCUCAAACCCUGGGCUAGGCAUUGUGCCAGGGGCUGUACUGUAAGAGGUAAGAGGACUCCACCCUUGAGGAAGCCAUAUGCAAAGAGUUAACACCAGUGGGCUCUGACAGAGGGAUGUGCAAGACCUAUAGGAGCCCAAGAAGGAAGCAGCUUCAGUGUGGACAGCCAGUGCAGGCUUCAGAGGAAGUGACAUUUGAGUAGGGCUUUGAAGGGUGAAUAGGAGUUUGCCCCAGGAUAGAGAGAAGUACAAUGCAACAGAGUAAAGGGCAUAAUGGUUAAGAACACAGGCACUGGAGCCAAAGGGCCUGGAUUUCUGUUUCUGCCGUACCAUUACCUGAUACCUCUGAAACUCAGUUUCUUCAUUUGCAAAAAGGAUAACAUAGUAAUAACAACAGCUAACACUGACUGAGCAUGUACCGUGUGUCAGAUCCUGGCCUAUACAUGCCUCAUCACACUUCCAAAAAAAACCAAACCAAACCCAUUGCCAUCGAGUCGAUUCCGACUCAUAGCGACCCUAUAAGACAGUAGAACUGCCCCAUAGAGUUUCCAAGGAGCACCUGGCGGAUUUGAACUGCCGACGCUUUGGUUGGCAGCCGUAGCACUUGCCCACUGCACCACCAGGGUUUCCUCAUCGCACUUAGUCCUCACAAAAACCACAUGUGAGGUAGGUCCUAUCGUUGAUCCCCCGUUAUAUAGAUGAGCAAACAGAGGUACAGAGACGUAAAGCCACAUAGCCCAGCCUUCCUCUCCCGUCGAGUUUGUGGGAGGAUUGAGCCCACAUGUUGCAGCUGGCACAGUGCCUGGCAUGUAGCAAGUUAGCAAGUUCUCAGCAAUGAAGGUGGUAGACAGAAACCUCGAGACAUGGAAGCAUAAAGGGUCUGGCCAGGGUUGGGAGAUAGAACAGGACUGACCCUGGAGGCGAGGGUUGCUCACGGGCCCAUGGAGAAGCUUGGCUGAGAUCUCCAGAUGUGGGAAGACCCUGCCUUGAGGCAAAAGCAGAGCCAGCCGUGGCUGCAGGGCCUCAGAGCCCCUGCUUUGCUCAGCUUACAGAAAGAGGCGAGCCAGGACUCGUGGUUCGAAGACCCUUCUGAGGCCCUCACUGAGGACACAUCGUCUGAGGAUGUGAGUGAGGAGGCGGCCAAGAAUGCAAUUCUCAACACUAUGGUUCAGAAGGUGGACUCCAAAGUCUUUGUCACCAGGCUGCAGCAGCCCAGAGAGUGAGCAGACACAGGACCUCCGAGGCCAGGCCCCCGAGGGUCUCAGCCUGCAGUUAAGUGACUGGGGCCCAGUCCAGCUUCGGAGGCAGGGCCAGUCCUACUCCAACGCUAGCCCUUGAGGUGCAAAAUACCCCUUUUGGGGGAGCUAGUGUAGUAUAUGUUCCAAUAAAGCUGCCGUGUUGGUCUUGAGAUGACUCGGGUCAAAACUGGCUAUGUCCAGAGAACCCAGUGGUCCUGGCCUGUGGGUCUUGCAAAGUACCCACUCACACAACUCUAACCAGAACCAGUCGCUGUCGAGUCAACUCUGCCUGGCUUAUGGUAAUUUUUUGCAAGUAGAUUGCCAGGCCUUUCUUCCAAGGUGCCUCUGGGUGGGUUCAAACCUCCAGAUAGAUAAGCACUUAACUGUUUGUGCCAGUGUCCUUGGCCAAACUCUUGGGGACGCUGGAGGAGCUCUCUGGGAGGGGAGGGUCCGGGCAGGAUUGCACCCCCAGGCCGACCAUGCCCCUAUCCCAGCGUUGCUAGGGGGUGGGCUCUCAGCUCCAGCACAGGCUGGGGCACAUUUCAAAUCCCACCUUUAUGCACUGGUCAAGGCAGAGGUAGACGACAGAGGAUUAAUGAGAACUUGUCCCAUUUGCACCACUGCACAGGGCUUUCGCACUCGUUUUUCCUUGGAUACUUCCACAUAAGAAUGUCCUUGAGGAUGACCCCGCUCAGUCCUCAUCCUUGGGGAUGCCUUGCCUCGUGGCUCCUGCCUAGCUGACCUCUGACCUCCUCCAUCCUGAUAAGGAGCCCCCACACCCCAGCUCACCCUGCCUUCCCAGCCAGCUUUGAGGUUCCCCCAGGGAGGCUCAGGAUACCUCAUCCUUUAGCCGGAGUGGGGAGGCCUUGGGGACAGGCCCUGUCCUCCUCUGUCCCUGGGAGGGGAGGUCCUGAGGGUGGGCCUGGGUCUUCUCUGCUGGCACCCGGUUUGCUGCAAGGCCAUAAGCUUGCAGGGCGUAGCCGUGAUCUAACACCCAGGGCUUCUGUGGGAAGGAGGGCUCAGAAGAACAGCAGCUGUCACGGAGCACAGGCAGACAGGCCCAGGGUCUCUGGGGCGGGCGGACGUGCCACGAAGCAGAAAGCAGCCUCAGCACUUCAGGCUCCCCGGGUGAGCACACAGCUUGGGGUGUGCUCUCUAAGCUUCAGACGUCGAGAAGCAGGUCCCCCCCCUUCCCCUUUCAGUUUCGAUUUCCGGCCCCUUGGUUCUUUACCAAGUUUCCUGGGACUGCCUCCAAAGUGGGGCUUCAGGAGCCCAGAAAGGGGUCUCGCGAAGCACCCACUCACACAACACUGACCAGAACCAGUUGCUGUCGAGUCCACCCUGCCUGACUCAUGGCAAUUUUUUGGAAGUAGAUUGCCAGGCCUUUCUUCCAAGGCACCUCUGGGUGGAUUCGAACCUCCAAAGAGCCGAACACUUAACCGUUUGUGCCACCCAGGAAUGCCCAGGAUGCUUUAAAGUUUUCCAUCUCUUACCACCCUUUCUGGGGAGGCCUGUCUGAGCUGGGAGGGCCAACAUAUAAGCCAUGAUUAAGCCCAAAACCAAAGCCCGUUGCUGUCAAGUUGAUUCCGACUCAUAGCAACCCUGUAUGACAGAGCAGCACCGCUCUCUUGGGUUUCCAAGGCAGCAGUCUUUACGGAAACAGGCCGCCAUGUCUUCUUCCCACGGUUCAGCUGCUGGACUCAAACCUUUCAGUUAGCAGCCAAGUGCUUAACCACUGUGCUACCAGGGCUCCUUCAUGAUUAAGCACUAGGCCGGCCUCAAAUCCCUUUGCCAGAAUUCAGCCGGUGCUGCAGGGAACAGGGAGAGGGAUUGGUCAGAAAACUGAUGGGACAGUGUGAGUGUGGAAGGAGCUGGAGGCUGCAGGGUGUGGCUGUCUGCAGGGCCUGCUGCAUCCUACGUGACCUUCAGAUUUUUCUUAGGAGGCCAGGACUGGCCAGUCAGUUCCAGAUAGGACUUAGCAGGUUUGUUUGCCUAGCCGACCGGUUGCUGUGCUCCAACUCGUGGCAACCCCGUGUGCGUCAGAGUGGAACUGUGCUACACAGGGUUUUCAUUGGCUGAUUUCAGAAGCAGGUCACCAGGCCUUCCUACCUAGGUGUCUCUGGGUGGAUUUGAACCUCCAACCUUUUGGUAGCAGCUGAGCUCAUUAACUAUUUGCACCACCAAGGGAUGCCUUGUUCAUAUUACCCAGAGUUUGACAUUAUAUAUUUUGACAGACUAGAUCCAUGCUGUCCCAUACGGUAGCCACUAGCCAGUUGUGGCUACCAAGCCCAUGAUGUGGCUGCUGGCCCGAAGUGACACGUGCUGUAACUUUAAAAUACACACUGGAUUUUGAAGACUUCGUACAAAAAAAAAAAAAAAAAUGGUAAAAGAGCUCAUUCAUGUUUUUAUAUGGAUUACAUGUAGAAAUGAUAUUUUGGAUAUACUGAAUUAAUAAAAUUGAUAUCUUCACCUGUCGUUUUAAAUGUUUAAAAAUGUGACUGCCGGGUAUUUUUAAAUCACACAUGUGGCUUGCACUUGUGGCUCCCGUUGUAUUUCCACUAGGCAGCACUAGGCCACAGGGUCCCUUUUAUUGAUUUCACACAGCACUGUGAUCAUACAGGCUUCUUAGUGUAAUAUUGAAAAUGAAAUGCCAAAAUUGCGUGAAAGUACGUGUUGGUGAUAAAUUCUCUUUCCCACAAACCCAAUGCCUUUAUGCUACAAUAGUGCUGUCAGCAAGAUUCUCCCUGUUUGGGAAGAUAAACAAAAAGAAACAACAAACCCACUGCUGUCAAGUCGAUUCCAAAACUUAAGAUGUUACUCCCAGGCUUGGGAAUUGCUCUCAUCUUCCCGGUCACGGACCACAGAUGCGAGAAUCUGAAUCUUUCAGCCUUUGAGAUGUUUCUCCCACUGCCUGGGCGUUGACUUAAAUGUGGGACCCAGCCCCUUACUGUAGGUUACCCCUCCCCUUUCGGGUUCCUCCCUGCCCCUGACACGAUCGCCACUCACAAUUUACCAAAGAGCUAAAGGCAGGGCUGUGUGCCCUGAGGGUGAAGCAGCUCAGGACUGGGCUACACCCCUGGGCCCUGGGUGGAAAACAGCCCCGUAACUGCAAGUCUCAAGCUCGGAAGCUAACUUAAAAACGUGUGAAUCCUGUAAGGUGGCGGCAGAUGCGAACGCUGUACCCAUUCACAGUGCUGUUGCCACAACACAGGACUCAUAUGGCUUUCCAGGAAGACGAAUCUUAUUGAGAAUGAACUCGCAAGCAAAAAUUACUGAGGAAACAGACGAAACAAGUAGAAACAGUAAACCACCAAUGAGCCAGCGGUGACGGAGCUCUCUGAAAAGGACUUUACAUUUUAUUUAAAACGUUCAAAGAGCUGAACUAUCAAAACCCCUAAGACAGGAACUUGGAUAAAGACACACAUAAACCCUAGAAAUGAACAAUACAGUGAUUGACGUUACUUUUAAAAUAUAUAACUUACAAAAAUUACAUUUUCUAACAGAUUUUUGCUGGUAUAUGGAAGAAACACGAUAAACUUUUUUUUAAAUGUGCUUUAAGGAAAAGUUUACAAAUCAAGUUAGCCUCUCACACAAAAACUUAUAUACACCUUCACAAUUGACUUUUGAAAAUCGAUUUUUAUAUCCAGAAAUCUUGCCAAAUUCUAUCACUCAUCUAAUUUUUUCACAGAGUUUUCUGGAUUUUCUACAUGGCCCGUUAUAUUGUCUGCCAUUAUAAUGAUAAUUUUUUAUCUUCCUGCCAAAUCCUCACAAUUCAUUUAUUUUUCUGAUCUUACGGCGCUGGCUGGAAUGUUAGACAUGCUGAAGACAGGUAGUUAGAAUGCAGAUUUCCUGAUCUCAGAAGAAAUGCUUUCAACAUUUUAACAUUAAGUAUAAACUUUGCUGUAUAAUUUUAUAGAUGCCCUUUAUUAAGUUGAAUAAAUUCUCUCAUUCUUAAAUUUUCACUACAAGUUUUUGUUUAAUUGUGCCUUAGAUGAAGUCUUAUAGAGCAAAUUAGUUUCUCAUUAAACAAUUAAUACAUACAUUGUUUUGUGACAUCGGUUGCCAACUCCACAACAUGUCAACACUCUCCCCUUCCCGACCUUGGGUUCUCUGUAACCAGCUUUCCUGUCCCCUCCUG